CUAUGCAUCCAACGCACCCACUGAGCGUCGGUGGGAAGGUGGAACAACAGGUAGGCGUCCUCUGACUGCGUCCCUGUGCGCUCUCAGUCUGCGCUCUUCUUGGAGAGGGCCGGAUCUUUCCCAAACCCGGAGCUCGUAUGGACCCAGAACUUCACUCAUCGGGGUUUAAAUGUUCUCUCAGUGAUUUUUAACACUUGUCAAAGUCGGACUCAUCGGGCUGGUAAUUUCUCAUGAGGAGCAGCUGUGAGGUUUUUUUUUUUUUUGAUUGUUAAUUGGAAAUAAUCACAGGAGGAGGCACCUUAUCUAAGAGAAGCGGGGACAUCUCACUGAAUAAAAUGCUGCCAUAUUGUCUUAACUGUUAACACUUCAAGAGGGACACACAGAGGCACAGCUGAUCCAUAGAGGUCAGUCACUCCCUGGCCCACAUCCCCAGCAGGAGGACAUGGAGGUCCUGCGGAAGUCUUCUGUCUUUGCAGCAGAAGUCCUAGAUGUGUUUGACCGGUCUUUGACUGAUAAAGAACUGGUGUCCCAGUCCAGAGCGUUGUGCAGAGACUACAUCCUGUCCAAGCUGAACCAGAACGGGCUGGGGUGGUCUAAAAGCGACCUCAAUCUAUCUCCUUCGAAUGCAUCGCUGUCUGAGGUGUCUCUGGUGCUCCUCUGUCUCGGUGACGAGCUGGAGUGUAUACAGCCCAGUCUGUACAGGAACGUGGCGCGGCAGCUCAACAUCUCUGUUGCCAUGGAGCACAUGGUAUCAGAUGCCUUUAUCGGUGUGGCAACGGAGAUCUUCUCAACAGGUAUAACAUGGGGGAAGGUGGUGUCCAUGUAUGCAGUAGCAGGAGCCCUGGCAGUGGACUGUGUGAGACAGGGACAUCUGACCACAGUUCACAUCUUAGUGGACAGUUUGGGACAAUUCGUCCGCAAGUUCCUGGUUCCUUGGCUGAAGAGGCAUGGAGGAUGGAUGGAAAUCACUAAGUGUGUGGUGAAGAAGGAACUGGUCCCUGAACACCACUGGCUGACCUCCAUCAUCGAAUCCCUCAAGUACUUUCUUACCACGGUGUACGUCUACAUCAUGAAGGAACCGUGAGAGGCCACAGACGACAUGCACAGGAAUUAUGUUUGAUAUGAGACUGAAAUCUCAGACUUUGUCAAUAAAAGAUGGAGUGAGGGAUAGCUGGUGGGCUGUCGCUGAACACCCCUCAGAAAAUGUUUCAUCAGCAUCACAUCUGUGUUAUCUUGGUGUCAGAUGAGUCUCUUCAUCCAAAGGGUACUCCUAAUGAUGUUUUAUUGCAAUGGAACAGUUUUGUGUCACUCCAGCUCUACUUUCAUCCAUUUCCCUCUGCUUUCAUCAGUGUUGUCAGUGAGGGCUUUUCUGUGAUGUACCUGUAAUGUGUGAUGAAGUCGAGGCUCAGUGGGACCUUGGAGAAGCCGUUGAAGCUCCUGAGAUAAACCGUACGAUGCUUUGACACUGUGUUAAUCUCAGUGAAUAUAGUUUAAGGCAGAGUUAUGAAAGUAAACGAAUGAAAUCCACUCGACUGGAUGCGUCCUCUGAGUUUUAUAUCUUGAAUUUUCCUGUGAAUGAAGUAGAUGGAGCUGUGAUCUCUGUGUUCACUGUCCACACCUCAGUCUGAAAGGGACUGACGUCAGAUGGUGAUGCAGAGACAUUUUCUACCUAGGCGAGGCGGGAGUAAUGGCAAUAUCAGGGGGUUUCAACAAGUUACACUUUUUAAGGGUUUCAUUCACACUUUUGUACUUGACUAAAGCACAAAUGGUGUCUUUCUGUGCGAUCCAAAAACAAUGGCGCCAGUUGAGAACUUUGUGCUCUGAUUCAAGACUUGAUUGAUAAGGGAAUGUUGAGUCUCACGGUGACUUCUGGCCGAAGAACUUGAAGAGGUUUGAAUGAUACACGAAGUAUGAGCAGAUUUUGACGAUGCAGACUUUGUUUUUAACGUGUAAAUACUUUAUUUAUGAUUUUAUUUUUGUAUUCUGACCAUUAUUUCUGCAAAGAUGCCACUGCGGUAUAGGCAGCCACUAAGGGCUCCUCAGAAUGAUUGUGCUGUACGUCUGUGGGUGUUCCUUUUCACUGUUAAUUUAUACAUGUGUGUCUGGACUUUUUUUUUUAAAAUCCACAAUAAACUUACCAGAAUAUUCAA